AUCAUUUAAAGCUCAUAUUAACUCGGUCUCUCAUCUGCAAAAACUAAACCGACAAUUUUCAGUGCUUACUGCAUCCAUAUUUUCUGCUCUUCUCUUUGCAAAUGGAUCCAGCUAUGGAAGAAGAACCAGUCCACGACUUCUCUCCCUUCUUUCGCGUAUACAAAGAAGGCCGUGUGGAGAGGUUCAUGGGCACUGAUUUCACCCCCACUUCGGUUGAUCCCAAAACCAGCGUUGAAUCCAAAGACGUUGUUUUUUCUCCUGAAACGGGUCUCUCCGCAAGGCUUUACAUCCCAAAACUCCACAACCAAAACCAAAAACUUCCUCUUCUGGUUUACUUCCACGGUGGAGGAUUUUGCUUUAUGAGCCCUUUCUCUGCUAUCUACCAUAAUUACCUCAACAAUUUAGUCCAUGAAGCCAACAUCGUUGCAGUCUCGGUCGAAUAUCGAAAAGCCCCGGAGCACCCUCUGCCGGCAGCUUAUGAAGAUUCAUGGGCAGCUCUCAAAUGGGUCGCUUCUCAUGCAAACGGAGACGGCCCAGAAGAUUGGCUAAAUUCUCUAGCUGAUCUCGACAAGGUGUAUUUUGCCGGUGAAAGCUGCGGCGGCAAUAUAUCACACCACAUGGGCUUGAGGUAUGGCAAAGAGAAACUUCAAGGUCUCAAACUCGCAGGAAUCAUUUUGAUUCAGCCAUAUUUUGGUGGCAAUGAACCAAUUGGUGCCGAGGCUUAUGAUUUAGAGAAAAUAGAAUUUACAGAGAAGUUGUGGCGGCUGGCGUGUCCUGGGACAACCGGGUGCGACGAUCCGCUGUUUAAUCCGGCGGCUGACCCGAAUUGGGUGAGCCUGGAGGCCACCCGGGUUCUGGUUUGUGUUGCUGAAAAGGAUUUUUACAGAGAUAGGGGAUGGUACUAUUUUGAGAAGCUGAAGGAGAGUGAAUGGGGAGGUGUUGUGGAGAUCGUGGAGUCCAAAGGAGAAGAUCAUUUGUUCCAUUUGUUCAAUCCUACUUGUGAGGGUGCUUUGGAUUUGCUUAAACAGAUUGUUUCUUUCAUCAAUAUUCAACACAAAGCAUGAAUAUUUCGGUACCACUUUUUAUUAAGUGCAUUGUACUGUAUUGGAUUGGAUAGCAAAUAAGUGUAUUGUAUUGGAUUGGACAGUAUUAUUUACUUUCAAAGAAGCUUUGUAACAAUAAUGUAUCAAAUUUCUGAACUAUGCUUAAACAGUUGGUGUCUUUUAUCAAA